UCCUAUCUGUGAGAAGCUUGGUGUGGAGAGCUAAAGAGACAACAUGGAGGUGGCUUGCUUACAGAGAAGAUUCAUUGAUCUCACAGCCACCAUAUUUCAACAAGAAAUUCUGGACAGUCAGUUCACACAACUUCAGCAACUUCAGGAUGAGAGUAGCCCUAACUUUAUUCAUGAAGUUGUGUCUCUUUUCUUCCAAGAAGCUGAGAAACUUCUCAAUGAACUGAGCAAGGCCCUAGAUCAGCAAAUUGUGGAUUUCAAGAAAGUUGAUGCCCAUGUCCAUCGAUUGAAGGGCAGUAGUGCCAGCAUUGGGGCUCGAAGGGUUAAAGAUGUCUGUAUUGCCUUUCGAAGUUGCUGCGAAGAGAACAACAAGGAUGGGUGUAUUCAACAUUUGCAGCAAGUUAAUCAAGAAUACUACCUUGUGAAAAGCAAUCUUGAAGAUCUAUUGAAGCUGGAGAAGCAGAUUUUGGCAUCUGGGGGUUCAAUUCCAACUAUGAAGUAA